CCUAGCGGUCGCUGAUGUACUCCUGCAAGAACUUAGUUUCACGCUCACGUAUAUUCGCGUGUAGUUGGCGUCCACGCCUAGUUGUGAACCCUGAGUCUAGUCAGUGCACCACGCUCCGGCUCCUGCUGCUUCUGCUCUCUUGAAUGAUCUUACCUACAGCAGUAUUCGGUGCGAAUAGGCUAUAUUCAGUGCGAGACGGUGCUAAUUGGUGCGAAUCGGUGCAGAUCAGUUCAGAAUGUCGAAGCGUGAGAUGCACCAGAAGCUGUUCGAGGAGUUUGACUACAAGGAAAAGGCCGGAACCGCGUGGAGCCACAACUACCUGAACCAGAAGCCAUGGCACCCGCUCUCGUACCCCAACCAGCGGCGCAAGUGGAUUGCGGAGCAGAUGCACGGCAUACAGGACAAGCGACUGACGGAAAUAGAGAAAGAGUUUCAAAAGGAGCAGGAGUACUUCAAACAAACCGCUCUGCUCUCUAAGAAACAAAAAGCGAAAGCGGAGGCGAUGCAGUCGGUGUCGUUCCUCUACAUGAAGCCGCCCGGGUACAACGCGGAGAGCGCACGGGCGGCAGAGCUGGCGGAGGAGGAGCGGGUGAAGCAGGAGAGGGAGAAGCAGAUGAUGCUGGAGGGGCAGGGGGAUGAUGGAGGGGGGGAAGGCGGAGGGGGAAGUGCGGGAGGAGGAGGGGAAGGUGGAAACGGAGAGGGGGAAGGAGGGGAGGGUGGCGGGAUGGCGAGAGAUGGGGCGUUGGUGCUGGCGGAUGCAGGUGAGACGGCAGGUGGCGACAAGGACAAGGAGAAGAAGAAGAAGAAGCCGCGAGCAACGGAUGUGUUUGGCCGCGCCGUGCCCACUGGCGACGACUUUGAAGUGCUCAAGAACGCUCCCAGGAUGGACACGGGGAUCAUUGGCAGGCCGCGCCCCUUUGGUCUAGAGCUCCGAAACGUCAAGUGCGGGCGGUGUGGGGCGAUAGGGCACAGCAGCGGGGAGCGGGAGUGCCCUCUCUUCAACUCGGUCACUGAGAAUGACCUCAAGCGCCAACAGAGGGAGGACCCUCUCUCGCACAUCUUGGCGCUCAACCGCCCGCAGCCGUUUGGAUGGGAGCUGAAGGAGCAAGGAGCAGGAGGGAUGAGCCCCGCCCGGGGCGGCUUCAAGCCAAACGACGCCAACCAGCAGAUCCUGCCGCCCAGCGAUGACGAGAACGAGGGCGUGUUCGACCAGUACGGGGGCUUCCUUCUUGGCGGGGAGGAGGGGGUAGCAGUAGGGGCAGCAGGUUUUGCUGCUGUUGGAGGAGUGGGCGGAGUGGGAGGGAUAGGAGGGGUAGGAGGAGUAGGGGGGCUCCUGCCUGGUAUUCCUUCCUCUGUUCUGGAUUCUCUUACGAAGCAGCAGCGGAAGGACUUGAGCCGUGCUUUGAGGAAGAAGGAGGAGGAAGAGCGGAAGAAGAGGAGGAAGAAGAAGAAGAAGACGAGAGCAGGGGGGGAGAGUAAGAAGGGGAGGGAGAAGGGUAGCAAGAAGGACAAGAAGGGCCACAGGCGGCGCCAUCACCACCACAAGGACUCGGAUUCGUCCUCGGAUUCUGGAUCAGAUUCUUCAGAAUCUGAAUCAGAUGCCGAUUCGAGCUCAGAGGGUGGGGGAAGUUCCAGCUCUGGUGACAGUAGUGGGAGUGUCAGCAGCAGCAGUGACAGCAGCGGCAGUGACAGUAGGAAGAGAAAGCGUCGAAGCAGGUCGAAGGGUAAGCGGUCACAUGAGAGGAAGGGGAGGGAGAAGCAGAGGAUAAGAAGGGGAGAAAGUGCAGAGAAAGGUACAGGCCGCUCAGAGGAGAAAGGGGGGAGGGCUAGCAGCAGGAGGGUAGAGAGCAAGGAGCAAGCUUCUGAGACUGCUGGUGAGCGUGCCACUGAGGAAGGAGAGAAGGGUGGGGUUGAGAGACGAGACCGACAAGGCUCGGAGGAUUUGAAGGGGAGAAGAUUGGGAGGGGAGGACAGGGAUAGGAGAGAUGGGGGGAACAGGAGAGAAGAGAGAGGGCAGGAUAGAGAGAAAGGAGAAGAGGAUGGUUUGAGAGCGGGGAGUGCUAGAAAUGAAGAGAGGGGAGUGGGAGUGAAGCGGGAUCGUCAUGGAGACAGACGAGAUGAGAGGGGAGAGAUGAGAGGGAGGAGAGAGAUAGGAGGGGAGAGGGUGGCAGGAAGGAAGGCAGAGAACGGAGGGGCAGGGAGGAGGAGCGUGAAAGGAGAAGUGAUCAAGGAGACGCAAGGGAGGGGCGAGACAGAAGAUAGUAGGUGGCAAAAGUCGUGUAUGCAGCACAGGAAGGCACCGUCAAUGCACAACUCGCCCGACUCCAGCUACAACCUGAAGAAUCUGCCAUUUGGCUGACCCUCAAGCUUGGAAGCUCAGUUUCCCACUUCCACUGCGUAGGUAGAUAUGAUGUGUAUGUAUGUAGUACAUUUAUUACACGCGUAUGUAUGGGUUCUGCUGUACUUGACCACAUGAACAUGGUGUCAGAAACUCAGCCACUAACCAUA